AUGCCCGCGGGAGCGCUCGCUCUGGUCGCCUUACUAGCUGCAGCUGUUUCGUGCGCACCGUCGACCCAGAACCUCAGGACCGACAUAACCAUUAUUCGAGACAAUGAUCUCCUGGACUCGAAAAGCCCAGCGGCCAAUGCAAGCGCUCUCUUCCUCCGGGCCCGGGUGCCCUUGAGAGAGGCCAAGUCCAUGUGCAGCGAUCUAGGCGAGCAGCUAUGGGAAGCAGAUUCGAACCACACUCAGAGGGUACUGGACAUUCUCGACUAUCAAGAGCCGGAUGUUGACUUGUCGGCAAUCUGGGUUAUGCCAAAGAACGGCGAUGAUCCCCAAACUAUCAACCUCAAAGGCGAGGUCUCUUCCGCCGGCGCAUCCGACACGAAUACCGUUCUGUGCUCGCAGACAGCGCCAUACUCCAACGGUAUAGCUCAGGAUAGCAGUCCGAGGUGGCAGACGGUGGUCUACUCCAAUAGAGAAGCAGUCCUUGGCUUCCGCGAUAGGAACAGCUUCCGUUUCCACGGUAUGCGUUACGCUACCAAGACGAAGCGGUUCGCGUACCCGAAGAUGUAUCGAGGCUCUGGCGGAAAUGCCACCGCACUCGAAUUCGGCUCCCCUUGUUAUCAAGGAUUCGGCGGCGCAGAAGACUGCCUUUACCUCAAUGUUUACACGCCGUAUCUUCCUCGUAACAGACGAAUUGACAGCGGGCUCCGGCCGGUCAUGUUCUGGAUCCACGGUGGAGCUUUGACGAGUGGCUUUGGCAGUGAUCCCUUGUUCGACGGGGGAAACCUGGCGUCUCGUGGCGAUGUUGUCGUCGUGACUAUCAACUACCGGCUGGGAUCUCUGGGCUACUUGGCCAUUGACGAUGGCGAGACAAAUGGCAACUUUGGUCUCGCCGACCAGAUCCUGGCGUUGGACUGGGUCCGGCAACACAUCAGAGACUUUGGCGGGGACCCCAGUAAGAUCACUAUCUUUGGCCAGUCCGCCGGAGCUGCCUCCGUCCGCGCGAUGAUGGCGUCUCCAAAGGCAGCAGGGAAGUUUGCGGGCGCGAUCCCGCUCAGCAAUCUCGGUGGCUUGGCGUACGGGACGUCAUACUCCAAGUACUUCUCCAUCGAGGAACAGCUAGACCUCGUGGGUAAUGCCAUCCUCGGCACCACGAACUGCACCAACGCAACGUCGCAGCUCGACUGUCUCCGAGACGCGCCACUUGGGAGUCUCGGGCCGGGAGCGCGGUAUCUCGUCAACGACGGCGUCUACCUGACGACAGAUGAGUUGCCUCUCAGGGGCGACUCCCUGAACGUCAACGUAAUGAUGGGAACCACCUCCGAAGACGGCUUGCCGUUCCUGAUUCUCCCGCGCAAUGGAACAUUCCUCAACGAUACCCAGUGGCUCACAUCCCAAGGUCUCCCGGCUCCCCCACAGCGUCUCUUCCCUCCGACAGAUGUUAGAAAUCAGACGCGGGCAGCGUUCGGGAUGGGUGCCAGGCUAGCGACCGACGCGAUGUUCCGCUGCGUAGACCAGGCUACGGCAUACGCGGGCUUAGAGAACGGCGUCCUCGGGUCCAAAGUGUACUACUACGAGUUUGAACGAACGUAUCAGACGCCCGAGUGGCCGCGACUCGACAUAUGCGAGGCGCCCAAGUCAAAGGCACACCCGAACGGAGAUCCUGAGUCGCCCGCCAACAACCUCCGAUGCCAUUCGGGCGAGUUGCUCCCGCUAUUUGGCAAUCUCGUGCGUCAAGGAAACCCGGUCCGGGACGAGUAUGAUUUGCCGUGGAUGCAAUACCUCGUCGACACAUUCACCUCAUUUGCAAGGACUUAUGAUCCCAAUCCGGAUAAAGCCUUCCUCAAAGCCAGAGGGUUCAACAGCACGUUGAGGGCAUUAGAAAAGUCCGGGCCCUGGGAGCCGUCUGUGAAAGGCGACAUGAAGAUGAGGGCCAUCGAUUGGCCCGUGAAAGACAACAUGAUGAAAGGAUUUAAGGAUGUCGAGCAGUGCGAGUGGCUCAAAUUGCCGCUCGACUUUUACGUUUGA